CUUUAGAACUAAUCCUUCGCUCAUUACCCGAAGAUUGUAUAUUUAAUUUAGUAUCAUUUGGUUCAAAUUUUACAUCCUUAUUUCCGGAAAGCAAGCCUUAUGCAGAAGAAACUUUUAAAAUAGCAUUGGAUCAUGCAAAAUCUAUGGAUGCAAGUUACGGUGGAACUGAAAUUUUAAGUGUAUUGCAAUGGGUGUUACAGACUUCACAAGAUAAAAGAAAGGAAUAUAUUGAUUUUCCCACCGCAAUAUUUGUACUAACAGAUGGACAAGUAUAUAAUGUUGAUCAAAUUGUUAAUUUAAUCUCUGAUUCCUUAUCCAAAAGAAAUGAUCAAUUACGAUUGUUUUCAUUGGGAAUUGGUGAUUCAGUUUCACAUAAUCUGGUAGAAUCUAUUUCGCGAGCAGGUAAAGGAUACGCCCAAUUUGUGACUACUCAAGAAAGAAUGGAUAAAAAAAUUAUUGGAAUGUUGAAAAAUGCUGUUAAACCACCUAUUAAAGAUUAUAAGAUUACAUGGAUAGAUGAGAAAAGUAGUACAAAUAAUGACGACAAACCAUCAGCUUCUUCUUUCAUCAACUUUUUCAAGAAAUUAUCCAGUGACGCCGCCAUUACAUCAUCAUUGAAAUAUUGUUCUACCCCAUACAAAAUACCCAUUCUUUACUCGGGUGUCAGAUUUAUAAUUUAUUGUUUUCUAUCCAAAGAGGUUUCUCCACCUAAACAUAUAAUUCUUGAGGCCACAUGUGAUGACGGGCCAAUUCAUUUAGAGGUACCAAUCGAUCCGGUAACUUUGCAAGGAUCAAAGAUACACACAUUAGGUGCAAGAAAAAUGAUACAAGAAUUUGAAGAGGGAAGUUCCUAUUUACAUCAAAUUAUGCAAAGCAACGAUGAUAACAAUUUGGAUCAAAGAAUUGUUCGGGAGCAGAUUGUAGACUUGGGCAAGAGAUUCAGUUUGGCAUCAAGAUAUACUAGGUUAAAUUUACAAAUAUCAGAGGCUAAAAUUACACCAAAAUCAGAACUGCAACCUGCACCUUACGCUUCCCGUUGUUUUUCUCCAAUACCACGACAACCUUCUGAUUUGUAUGCAAUGUCUGCUAUAGGAUGUAAAGUUUCUGAAGCUUCAUUGUAUCUAGAUCCUGUUGUAUCAUGUUCAGUUUCAAUGAAUCUAGCUUCUCAUAUAUCAUUUGAAGAAGAAUCCUUCAAAAGCGAUGGAAAUGAUGACGAAAAUGAAGAGUCAUCAUUUAAUGUGAAACAUGUUGAGAAUAUAGAAAUCUUGUAUAAUUUCUUGAGAUUACAAUCAUAUGAUGGGAAGUUUUUAGCCAGUAAAGAGUUUUAUAAGUAUUUUGAUGAUAGUGGAGAUAAAAUUAAUAAUAAUUUGAAAAAAAGUAUUCCUAAAGCAGAGGAAGAAAAUAAGCUUAUCAAAGAAGAAAUUUGGACGACAUCAAUUGCCAUAAAGUAUUUAGAGAUUGUGCUGUUUCCCAAAUUUAAAGAAGAAAGUGAGAUUUGCUUUGAGAAAGCAAUGAAAAUUUUAAAGAAAUUAGUAAUAGAAAAUGGAGAUGGAUGUAAAGGAAAUAAUUCAGAAGAAAAAGUUAAAUGGGUUUUAGAAAAAGCCGAGGAAUGGAUUACAAAAUGGGUUAAUGAAAGUUAA